AUGACGGCCCCAACUAUUGCCAUAAUCGGUGGCGGACCGUGUGGUCUAACACUUGCGCGUCUCCUGGAGUGUAAGGGUAUUGACUACGUUGUCUAUGAGCGAGACGAGAGUGAGAACUCGAAUCGCGCGGGGGGCAGCCUCGACAUCCACCCGGAGACCGGGCAACACGCGCUUCGGGAGGGUGGGUUGUUUGACGAAUUCAAGAGAUACGCAAGAUAUGAUGACACAGUAUUCACACUUGCGGACAACUUCGGGAAAAGACUAGUUAAGGUCGGUCAGGGUCGUGAUGCCCCUGAGAUUGACCGCAGUGACCUACGCAAGAUCCUCUUGGACUCCAUCCCGAAAGACAAAAUCAAAUGGGGUCAUACUCUAACAAGUGCGACGGUUGGUGAGGAUAACCUGCCGGUCCUUCAGUUUGCCAAUGGUAAUCUGCUGUCUGGGUUCAAGCUCGUCGUUGGAGCUGAUGGUGCGUGGAGCAAAGUACGCAAUGUGAUAACGCAAGCAACUCCCCAAUACUCUGGGACGAGCUACCUUGAAUCCAAAAUUGGCCUUGAAAACCCUCUCUAUGAAACCAUAGCUAGCAACGCAGGAGCGGGGAUGUUUUUGUCCAUGGGUCCUGAAAAGCUGAUCGUGACCCAACGGCAGGGUGAUGGCUCUUAUAGAAAUUACUUUGGACUCCAAGUCCCAGAAGAUUUCUUCCGCAACGGCACUGUCGACCUCCAGGACGUUGAAGCUACACGCCGCCUCUUGCUCUCGGAUUAUUAUGCAGACUGGUCUGACGAGCACAAAGAUCUCAUCCGACACGCAACCGACCUCCGCCCCUGGGCGCUUUACACCCUGUCCACUGAGGACUUGGGCUGGAAGUCUGUUCCGGGUUUUACCCUUAUUGGGGAUGCUGCCCAUCUUGCGAUCCCUAAUGGAGAGGGCGUGAACCUUGCAAUGACUGAUUCAUUCAAAUUGGCAUCUAAGAUCGCCGAGCAUGGUAUUGAAAACUUCGACCAAGCGGUACAGGAAUACGAGGCGGACAUGUUCCCUCGCGGAAUUGCCACGAUUGCCGAUGGCAAGGGAAUGGGAGAAGUCAUGUUCAGUGGAGAUUCCAAAGCGUUUCUUGAACUCAUGGGUUUGUAG